AUGUCAGACCCCUCCCCAAACACCCUCAUAACCCGCUUCAAAUUCCAAAAACUCCUCAACACAGACCAAGCCGGCCGCCGCCUCAUCCUCCUCGGCACAAUCUCCAACACGCCAGCCCUCCUCCUCGCUGAGCGCGGCGCAUUCUCAACAGACAACACCUACCUUGAGUCCUUCUCUCGCUUGAUGACCAAUAUCAAGAACUUGGGUGAUAACGACAUCUACCGCUGGUACCUGGCCAACAGCAUGGCUGAGAACACCAUCGACGAGCCCACCCCGCCAGAUUUGAAGUUAAAUCUGAUAUGGCCCUGUACCGAGAAGCACAUCGCGAAGUAUUCGUUCCAGCAGAUGCGGGUUGUGGUGGAGACGGGGGUGGUUUAUGAGAGGUUUGUGAGGCGGUAUAUGCAGCUGUGUCGGGAGGAGGGGAGGUUGAAUUGGGUUUUUAAUAUUUUGGAUGGGAGGGCGGAGCGGGAGAACGUGCUGUUCCGCUCGAAGGCGGAGAGGGAGGAGGAUGAUUUUCUGCUUCUUCCGGACCUGAAUUGGGAUCGCAGUACGCUUGGAUCGAUGCAUCUUCUUGCCCUGCCUAUUCGGAGGGAUAUCUGGUCCGUCCGUGAUCUGACGAAGUCGCUCGUCCCUUGGCUGCGACAUCUUCGCGCUACCCUUACGCAGACAGUCACGGACCUUUAUCCUGGGGUGGAGAGCGAUAUGCUGAAGUUCUAUGUGCACUAUCAACCCACGUACUAUCACUUCCACGUACACGUCGUGCAUGUGAACCUGGAUGCGACAGGGACGCAGGCGGUCGGCAAGGCAUUGGGGUUGGACCAUGUUAUCAGUCAAUUGGAGCAUAUGGAGGGCGGGGAGGAGGCGGGGAUGCAUCAGGUGGAUCUUGGGUAUACGGUGGGGGAGAAUAGUGAGCUGUGGCAGCAGAUCUAUUUGCCGUUGAAGGAGGGGAGGGAGCCGAGUGUGGGAGGGAGUGGGGGAAAAUGA